AUGUGGCAGAUUGUUCAAGGCAUCACUAGCCUGGUUGAAGUAUCCGACGUAAAGACUGACUAUGAAACUUUUCGUCUGCAUUACACUUUCACUGUAGGAGUUCUAUUGACUUUCUUUAUCAUAGUGACCACGAAGCAAUUCGUGGGUUCUCCCAUCGUGUGUGACUUCUUGGGCUCUGUUACACCCGAUGUCAUCAACAGCUAUUGUUGGAUUCACUCUACUUAUGUCAUACCCAAGGCGUUUUACAAAGAAGUUGGCGUCGAAGUUCCUCAUCCAGGCAUUGAUGGAACCCAAGAUCCCAAAGAAUUCCGCUACAUAAAAUACUACCAAUGGGUGUAUUUCAUGUUGUUCUUCCAAGCAAUUCUCUUCUAUUUCCCAAAAUGGCUUUGGAAAAGUUGGGAAGGAGACAAAAUGAAAAAGAUAACGAAAGAACUGGAGAACGUUUUGCUUCCAGAGGAAGAACUGAAAGAAAAAUUCAAAUCAGUGACCAAUUAUUUAGUUAAUACUUGGAAAUCUCACGACACUUAUGCAGCCAAAUAUUUCUUUUGCGAGUUUUUGGCAUUCAUCAAUGUUGCCGGGCAAUUCUUCUUCUUAGAUCUUUUCUUUGAUGGCCAAUUUCAGAAUUUUGGUUUUAAAGUGAUUCAAUUUUUUGAAUCUGAUCAGCAAAACGCUAGUGGCAACUUCACCGACUAUGUUAAAGGGGAUCCCAUGAUAAUGCUAUUUCCUCGUGUGACCAAGUGCAUAUUUCGCAAGUUUGGAAGAUCUUCCUUGAUAGAAGUGAAUGACGUUCUUUGUGUCAUGGCCUUGAAUGUCAUAAAUGAGAAGGUUUACCUUUUCCUCUGGUUUUGGUUCAUCGCGCUCUCCUGUUUCACUCUUUUGGCAGUUUUCAUGGACUGCUUACUAAUGAUUUCCCCAAGUACGAGGAUUUACACUUUGCAAGCGCGCUUUCAUUUAAUGGAUGAAAAAGAUUUGAGGGUUUUAGUGCGGAAAGGUUCCUUUGGAGAUUGGUUUUUGAUUGAUCUCAUUGGCCAAAAUAUAGAUCAUAUGCUUUUUUCGGAAAUCGUGUCAACAAUCGCCAGAAAACUCACCCAUGACUAUAAAGUAGUUUGA